AUGUGGGAUGAAGAUUACCGGCCAAUAGGCUGUUUAGAUCUACCUAUCGCGACGAACCCCACGGCUCAAUUCAAUGACGCCCAAACCUGGCGUAGAGUCUCGGAGGACCUACUACCAACAAGCAUCUCGUCCCUGCUUCAGGCGGCAAACGAUCGGCCCGACAUUACCACCCUGCUGAAGCACCAGUGGAUCCAGCUCGAAUUCUUUGUACGCCAAGCCGCCAAAGGCUCAUUUGUCCGGUUCCGCAUCUAUGUACUCCCAUUCGACGUUGAGCGGCAUGGGGUGAGUGACCGCCACGAUGAAAAGCUGAUGAAAGCUCUCGCCAUGCUAUUACAACGAUUAAACUAUUCUUCAGAGGCGUGGAAUGACGCCUCAAACCAGCAAAGGCUUCCGCACCCACUAUCCUUCACGGAUUUACCAGAUCCCCUCCCAGACGACUCUUGUCUAUUGGCUCUCUUCAAUAGUGUCCCUUCUCCGGAUCCAGACCCCAACUCCGUCUCCGAUUUAAAUGCUCGACAUGCUAUGCUCUCCAUUCUGGAGGGAAACCUUCCUGGUAUACGCACCACUCUCUAUCCAUACCAGCGUCGUUCGGCGGCCUUGAUGCUACGAAGGGAGCUUGUCCGGACCAAGGUUUUGGACCCAAGGUUGCGCUGCUGUCAGGACCAGUCAGGGCGUCCAUGGUACUACGACUCGGCCACGGGCUUGGUUUUGGCCAAGCCGCGAUAUUACAAUGGUGCUCGCGGCGGCAUCCUCGCAGAGGAGAUGGGCACAGGGAAAACGUUGAUCUGCCUUGCUCUCAUUUCAAGCACGAGGCGCGAGCCAACGACAGCACCAGACCCAUUCGCGGUAGAGGUUCCGCGACGAAGAUAUGUCGGAAACUUUGUGGAUAUGUGCGCGGCUGGUGUUAAUCGUCAUUCUGUGCCGUGGCAGCCAUAUUUUACAUACAUGAACCAACGCCUUGGCCAAGAUUACACUCGAUGCGUCGAAGCUCUACAACGCCCAGCAAACCGCGCCGCUUAUAAAUUAGACCUCGAUGUCGGGCUCACCACAAGAAGAAGCACUCGUCUCAUGCGGAGCGAACCACAGACGAGAACGAUUUUCCUGAGCAGUGGGACUCUCAUCGUAGUUCCCGACAAUCUUGUGACUCAGUGGAAGGACGAGAUAUUACGGCAUACGCCUGAACUCGAAGUCAUGACCCUGAUCAGUCGAGCGCGAAUGCCUUGUGUCGAACAGCUACUAGCAGUUGAUAUAGUCCUCAUCUCCCAGAGCCGUCUUGAACGGAUCUGGGCAGAAGGAAAGAAUGACAAGGGACAAGUGCACGGAAUAGACUGCGAACUGGAGCACAUACAAUGGAAGCGUACAAUCAUCGACGAAGGCCAUAAGCUGGGGAAGCCAGGCGAGAGCACUAUGUCCAUGGUGCUGCAAAGGCUCAAUACAAGUGCGAUGUGGAUUGUCACAGGCACUCCGACAAGAAAUCUCCAUGGUGCAGAAGUGAAAGAUACUUUGACCAGACUGAACGAUAUCGAGUCACAAAGGAGCGACCUAGUACACCUGGGCAGGAUCAUUGCCAAGUAUCUGAAAGUCCCGCCAUGGGCCAAGACAAAAUGCGUCGACGAUUCUAUUGCGGAUUGGAAAAUGUACGUUGUGAGUCCGACACAGCAUUCGAGGUGCCAACAUCACGUAGAUACUGCGAGGGCUACGCUGAAUUCUAUUUUGAUUCGGCACCGCCUUGCAGACAUCAGCACGCUACUUCCCCCUGUGGAUGAGAAGAUUGUCCAUAUUGAGGGCUCUUAUCAGGACAAACUUGCAUUGAACUUGUUCUCGAUGAUGAUCAUCUUGAACGCCGUCCAGUCACAACGAACAGGUGUGGACUACUUAUUCCAUCCACGGCAGAGAAAGAGCCUUCUUGAGCUUGUCCGCAAUCUGAGGCGGGCUUGCUUCUUCGGAGGUGUUUUCUUUUCCAGGGAAGAGAUCCAGAAGGCUGUUGAUAUUGCGCAAGAGUUCUACAGCUGCAAGCCAGUACCAAUAAGUGCGGAGGAUGAAGCCUCACUUUGCCGAGCUAUCGAGAUUGGGCACAAGGCUCUCACAAACGACCUAAAGAACGUCAGCAAUCAAUUCAAUAUAUUGCCGGUCUACAUUACUCACUCUCUCGAAGGCGUCAGGUCUGGUCCGUCUCUCGAUUAUAUCGAGGGUGAAGCUGUCUGUGUUAAUUUGGAUCUUGUCUAUUCACUACAACAAUCCGGUUAUGCCAACUUCAACGAUCCCACGUCGAUAUCAAGGAGCACGGCGAUACGCGAUUAUCAGUUUCAGAUAUCACGAGGAUAUUGCAAUCGAAACAUCGCACAGUUAUUGGGCCAAUUUCAGCAGCAGGCUGCGACAGCGUGGCAAACCAAGCGAGGGUGGGACAGCAACAAGAUCUCGAACUCUAUGUCCACUGGGACCACUUCCAUCACUGACAACGUCGCUGAACUCCAGGGUGAGGAUCACCUUCAUACUGUUCCUUCGGCAAGUAAAGUUCUAGCAUCGACCCGAAUCAUUUCUACGGCUUCUGCCAAGCUAUCAUACUUGAUAGAUGCGAUUAUGCAGCAUUAUGAGAAAGAGCAAAUCAUUAUUUUCUAUGAUAUCGACAGUAUCGCGUCUCAUCUAAACAGCGCUCUAGAAGUACUCAGAAUAAAGCAUCUCAUAUACACCCGCUCCGGGCAAAGCCCCCAAGAUCGCGCCAAAUGUAUAGAGCGCUUCACCCACGACUCAACAAAUAGGGUGUUACUCAUGGACAUUAGUCAAGCAGCCUUCGGCCUAGACAUGCGCAGUGCGUCGCGCAUUUAUUUUGUGAGCCCUGUGUUAAACUCACAAGUCCAAGCUCAGGCUAUUGGUCGCGCUCGUCGUAUCAGCCAGCAGAAGCCUGUCACCGUGGAGACUCUUGUUCUAAAGGGUAGCAUCGAGGAAUUCAUCGUCGACCGAGGUAGGAACAUGACGCAUUCAGAACAGCGAAGAACCAUGAGGUCGGUCGUUGAAGACAAGCCAAUCAUGGACUGGAUUAAAAACGUCGAAAUUUUGCCCAUGGACACCGACACCAUGGGCCCUUCCCCUGUAGACCUUGUGGACCAUGGUGGCGAACUGUCACAAACCGCAAUGCUUCGAGCACCUCAAACUGUGUUCAACGUGUCGUCAGCUCAAGUCACGCAGAGGGACAGACUUAUUGCGCUGGACACGGGUACACGCAGGACCACAAAUGAGGAGUAUCAAGUGAUCGCUCCUCCACCUGGCACCCCUGAUUCCAAGUCAGCAGUCAGGGGCUCGGGGCCAUUCAAAGAGACGUUGAACUCAGCCCAAGAAGUUUUGUCGACGACUGAGAUUCUGGUAAUGCACCAAGGUCGCUAUAUCCAGUAUGUUUCAGACGUAGAUUAUGUAGCAGAGAGACCCCAGAAAAGGACACGUUUCGCAGAGGUAAACUAGUUGCAAGUCGGCUAGUGUAAUGUGCGCUCAACUAGCUAACUAUGGCUUCGAACAAGUCUUCAUCCAUACAAUAAGCGAGGAGUUCUAUCAAAGCCAUUUCUGAGUUGGCGCAUGUUGUUCCCACUGAUUAAGUUUGUGUGCAAUGUUGUG